GCCGAGACCUCGUGUAUACAAGCAAUUGAAUCAAGCGAUGACCUCUCCUGCAAAGGGGAUAUGCUCAAAGUGCAAGGCGGAAGGCGGCAGCCAGGAGAGGAUGAAUGCCGAAGGCAACCAUCACAAGCGCUCUUGUUCGCUUUUCCGCCCAUUCUUGCUGGUGAACUGCAAGAACUGCGGUGUGGCUGGCAGCCCGGCCUGGAUCAUGACCAGCGGCCGGCACCACGGGUGGAGCUGCCCUCGAUACGCCUACGUUGAUGCUGGGGAAUGCAAGUAUUGCGGCUACGUGGGCGAAGCGUCUAUGGUGACCUCCGCUGGUCCCCACCACGCAGCACGUUGCCAGAGGUUUGGGCCCAGCAGGGCCGAUUCGCCCAAAGCUACGGUUUGCAAGUACUGCGGCUUCCGGGGGACAGCAGAAAUGGUCACUGGCAUGGGUGAUCAGCACCUGGCGACCUGCCCGCGCAGCGCCCAGCGAGCGAAGGUGGCUGCGAAGGCCAAGGAGGCCAAGGCCAAGAGUGAAGGCACUGGCCCUGGCUGGUUUGCCUGCCUGACAUGCUGCGGCGUGGAGGAGGUGGAUGGUGUUCCUAGCGAGGUGGCGGUGGCUAAGCCGCCGGCAGAUCUUGGCCCUGAAACCGACGAACAGGAGGAGGCGGAAGCGUGAGGUGGAGCAAGCCCGUGGGCUUGAGCGCGGUUCACCGUGAUCAGCCUGAGCUUGUAACUUUCAGCAUGCGUGAUGGCAAAGAAACAUGCAGCUGUCCGCUGCGUACACCACGCGAAUUCACAUGACAGUGUGUUGGAGCUGAGCCCUG